GCUUUGAAUUUACCCGUGAGAUUUGGUUUGCAUUUUGGCUGUUUUGCUGGAUUUAGCUCAAAUCCGCUUCAAAUCCGGUCUAAAUCCUGCCAUCCAAACAGCCCCGUAACCUUAUAUAAGAUGCCGAGAGCCCUAAAUCCCAGCUGCACCCUCGCUCUACACAGAUAAUGGAGAGAACUCAAGACGACGAGCCUAAAGAGGGAAGGAGAACGGAGAAGAAGGGAUUGAUACAGAUCCCUUCCUACCAGGAAGUCUUCGGCAUCAGUGGCGCCGAUGGAUCUUCCUCAUCUCGGCCUUAUAACCUUCCGCCUCCGGCUUCCUUCUCACAUGCCUUUUCCUUCAUCAAGUCCUCCGAAUUCUACACUCCUCCGCCUCCGAUGGAGCAAGCGCCGAGGGAAGCUUCUGAUUCAGCGGCGGCUUCCUGUUCUACUUCUUACACCUCGACUUCUGCUUCGAAUUCUUACUCGUCAGUGAGUUCUUCGGCUCAGAAUCGAAAUGCUAUCCUUGUUAGCCAUAGGCAGAAAGGAAAUCCGCUGCUUAAGCAUAUAAGGAAUGUUAAGUGGGCUUUUGCUGAUAUAGUCUGCGACUACUUGUUGGGACAGAGCUCCUGUGCUCUUUAUAUAAGGUAAGAUUGUGAUGGAGUUUAAUCUGCUUGUUCUUAGUCUAUUUCUCAGUCCAUUUUUUCAUAAACAUUUUGCUUGCUUGUAUGCGAUUCGUGAUUUUUUUUUUUUCGUGAAACAAUUUCACCUAAUAUUAAUUUGAUACGGCUAUGAGCAAUUUGAUGGCAGUGUUUACUGCUAUUGUCAUCCAUUAGUUUUAUUAUUUUCUAAAGAACAUAAAGAUAGAAUUGACUAUAGUACAGGAUGCAACUUUAACUUUAAGUCAAUAAUGCCUUAGUGGAAGGAUUCUUAACG